AUGGAUGGAGAUGCGGACAAUUCGUCCGCCCCGGACAGCACAUUUUUUGCCGAGAUCAACGAAAUCAGGAAUGUGUUAGCAAAAUUGUCGGACGAUGUAGCUAGCAUGAAAAUUCGGCAACACUCUUUACUCGCUCAAACUAUUGUAGAAGAGGAGGAGAAGGACAAAUUGGACGAAUGUAUUUCCGGAAUAAAGCACCGCGCAGGCUUGCUUCGAAGGCAUCUGGUAGCGAUGAAAACGAACGUGGAAAUGAUGGGAGGAGACAAAAACAGUAGUGCUGUUAGGCGGAUUAGACGGAACCACAUCGAAGCUCUGAUGAAGAAGCUCGCCGAUUUGCUAGAGAUGUUCAAUGCUGCUCAAAUUGAUUACAGAGCACAAGUUUCUAAACGGAUCAAGCGUCAGCUGGAUAUCGCCGGUGAGCAUCUGACUGAAGAUGAAGUUAAUGCAAUGGUGGAUUCGAAGUCACCGCAGAUCUUCAACAGGAGUGUUCGUUCAACAGCAGUCAGAUCAGCUCUGGAUGAUGCUACUUCGAGGCAUAACGAAAUUUUGAAUUUGGAAGCAAGUAUUCAAGAACUCAAUGAUUUGUACAGCGACCUAGCUUUUCUCAUACACGUUCAGGGCGUAACAGUGGAUCGGAUUGACCAGAAUGUGGGCAGUGCUGUGCACUAUGUGGCUACUGGGGGCAAACAAGCACGGGUAGCCGUACAGUAUCGACAAGCUGAAAUGCGCAAAAAACUAUUCUGUGUGGUAGCACUUGCCAUCUUCAUUCUUGUACUUUUUUUAAUUAUCACCAUCUUUUUCGCUACUCGUUAA